GUACUGAGUCCUGAGUGGUGGGCUUUUAGAGGCGCACGAAUCAAAUCCGACCGAAUUGAGCCUGAAAAAAACCCCCCCCGAUGGCUCCUGGGAACGCGGGGUGCGGUGUGGACUAUGUGGAGUGGUAGGAUUUACCCCAAGUCUCCCCCAAACCUGUCCAACCACGAGGCGAGUGGGGAGUUGCGUCCGAACCCUGGUUCGAUCAAGUUCGGUUGCAACCGGUGAUCCAGGGAGGUGGUUCGGAGCGAAAAAGGCUUUCCCCUUGCAAGGUAGGCGGGCGUGUGUGGUGUGUGGUUGGUGAUGGCCAGACGCACAUUCCGGGUAGGGCAUACGUAUAUAAGCAGGGUGUGCCGAUGGCAUCCCGCGAUGGGCGGACUUUCUUUCCGGGGACUUGUUGGGACCGUGUGGUGGAAUCUAGGGCACUAUACUAAACUCCAGGCCUGACAACCAACCAUGGGGAAAAUCUUCAAUAUCAGCCUGGCGGCCUUUGCCGCCACAGGCUCGUUCCUGUUCGGCUACGACUCGGGCGUCAUGACCGACGUGAUCGCCUCCAAGAACUUCCUCGAAUUCUUCCACACGGACAAGGGCACGCCCAUCAUCGGCGCCAUCAACAGCACCUUCUCGGGCGGCGCCGUCUUCGGCUCGCUGAUGGGCGGCCUGACCAUGGACCGGUACGGGCGGCGGAAGACCAUCAUGAUCGGCGCCCUGAUCGCCCUCGUGGGCUCCAUCCUGCAGGGCGCCGCCCAGAACCUCGCCAUGAUCCUCGUCGGCCGCAUCAUUGCCGGCUGGGCCGUCGGCCUGCUGAGCAUGUCGGUGCCCGUGUACCAGUCGGAGUGUGCCCACCCCAAGAUCCGCGGUCUGAUCGUCGGCCUGUCGCAGCAGAUGAUUGGGGUUGGUUUCAUCGUCUCUACCUGGGUCGGGUACGGCUCGGCGCACGCGGAAGGCGACUUGGGCCAGUUCCAGUGGCGCUUUCCGCUUGCCUUCCAGGCGCUGCCGGCGCUGAUGCUCGUCUGCGGCAUCAUGUUCUUCCCGGAGUCGCCGCGGCACCUGAUGGAGAUCGACCGCGAGGAGGAGGCGAUGCGGGUGCUGCGCAAGCUGCACUACGACGGCAGCAACGACGAGUGGAUCCAGCACGAGUUCCACGAGAUCAAGACGACCAUCGCGGCCGAGAAGGCCAUCACGGUGCCCGGGUGGCGCAUCAUGUUCACGGUGCCGCAGUGGCGCACACGCCUCAUGCACGGCGUGGCCGUCCAGGUCUUCACCCAGUUCACCGGCAUCAACGUCAUCGGCUACUACCAGACCCAGAUGUACGAGGCGCUGGGCAUCACGGACAAGCGCGCGCUGAUGGUGGCGGGCAUCUACAACUGCAUGGGCCCGCUCGCCAACCUGAUCUUCAUCACCUUCCUGAUCGACCGCGUCGGCCGGCGGCGCCCCCUGCUGUGGGGCACGGUGGCCAUUGCCAUCGCGCUGGUCUGCGAGGCGGCCAUCAACAGCCAGAUCGACAGGGCGAACCCGCAGCACGGCCUCUCCAUCGGCGGCGUCUUCUUCCUGUUCUGCGUGACCGUCAUCUUCUCGCUCUCGUGGGGCCCCAUCUCGUGGGUGUACAUGUCCGAGGUGAUGCCCAUGCAGAUCCGCGCCCGCGGCAACGCCUUCGCCACGGGCAUCGGCAACUGGCUGGUCUCGACCUUCUGGUCGCAGGUCUCGCCCAUCGCGCUCAAGGACCUCAACUGGAAGUUCUACUUCCUGUUUGUGGCCUGGGACCUGGUCGUCACCAUCCCGAUCGUGUACUUCUUCUUCAAGGAGACCAAGCAGCUGUCGCUCGAGGAGAUCGAUCUCUUGUUUGGCGAGCGCUCGCUGGGCACGCUGCCCAAGGACCUCAACAAGGGCGAGCUGGCGCAGCCGGAGCAGCAUGUUGAGGGGGAAAAGGUGGCGUGAGAUAGAUAGCAGCGGGGAGGAACAGUGAGGUGUGGGAGGAUAAAAGGCGAGGAGUAGUACUAAGUAAUAAUCAGACGCUUGUCUAGCAAUUAAAUACACAGGUUCCGAACAGGAGCAUAGCAUAGAGAAGCAGUUACGACACAUAACCAUUGAUCUCUGGGAUCGUGCGCCCUGACAUGGUGCAAGAAGUCGGGCAAUGGAUUAAAUUUGUGGACUUGCUCGCGUGGGAUAGUUGAGACCGCUUAAUUCGGGAAGACUGGCACCAGUGAGCUGAUA